AUGGAAAGGGAAAGGCAUGUUUCUUCCAAAGCCGACCGAUAUGAGAAGGACUACCAGACAAUUUCCAAGCAUGUAAAUAGAUUCACUAGUGCGACGAAGACAUCUGCGCUUGAGUUUGCCUUUAUAGUAUCAUUCAUAUUCAAUUUGAUUUUGGGUAAGUUCAUCCAUAUAUUUUCGCCCAAAGAGGAGGUUUAUAACUACUUCAAUGAUAAGGGAAACUUAUUCAACCAAAUUUUUGUUAAAAAAGGAUGGGCAUGGACAACAAUCAUCAUAGUAGCAUUCUAUACAUUAAUCCUCUUGAAGAAGGUGGAGGGCCCUGGCACAGGUGGUGCAACAAACAAGUACAAAAUAAUUUCAAGAGCGGUUAUAAAUUACAUUUUAGUGACUAUAUGGUGGAUAUUCUUCACCCAGUGGUUCUUUGGGCUCCCCAUUAUGGAUAGAGUGUUUGUGUUCACAGGCGGGAAGUGUACCAAUGUCUCAGAAGAGCUCUACUUGAAGCAUCAACUCUCUCCACAUUUAUUUGAGAAAUUAGUUGCGCUGGUGGACGAGAACGGCGCUUCCUUAGCUGCUGCUACAGCAGCUACAUUUCAAAGUUCUGCGAUUCCUUCCUAUAUGUGUAGAAAGGUCAAAGGAUCAUGGGAAGGCGGCCACGAUCCCUCUGGCCAUGUGUUUCUCCUCAUCCAUUCGUCUCUAUACCUAGUCUUUGAGUCAUUGCCAUACUGGCAACCUUGGGCCAAAUUGAGAAACGAUAUGCAGGUCUUGAAGAUAGAAGCCCGAUCUCUGGUCACUACGUGGAAGACCAAGCUUUUAAAGACCACCAAGUUCAUCUCUGGCAACCCGCACGUUUUGGUAAUUUCGUUGGUCGGAUUGUGGUGGUGGAUGUUGUUUAUGACGAGUUUAUACUUCCAUUCUAUUGCCGAGAAGUUUGUCGGGCUUAUGUUCGGGUAUGUUGCAUUUGGUGCGUUGUACUACUUACCUAGAUGGCUUUAG